AUGUUACAAUACAGUCUAAAAAAUCUCGCAACUGUUGCGAUUGCCUUACUAGGCAUCGCUCACUCGGCGCCGGCGCCGCUCUCAGUUCUGCUCAACAAACGAGGCAUCGCCUUCGACUAUAAUAACAACAAAGUCCGCGGCGUCAAUCUCGGCGGCUGGUUCGUCCUUGAGCCCUGGAUCACGCCUUCCUUGUUCAACCUUGGUGACGAUGUCGUCGACGAGUACACUUUCAGCGCCAAGCUCGGCAAAGACCAAGCGUACAGCAAACUCUCUGACCAUUGGAACACGUGGAUCACUCAGGCCGACUUCAACGCCAUCGCUUCUGCCGGCCUCAACCAUGUCCGCAUUCCGAUCGGCUACUGGGCUGUCGCGCCAAUAAACGGUGAUCCCUACGUGCAAGGCCAACUCAACGUCCUCGACCAAGCUAUCAACUGGGCUCGCGGCGCCGGCCUCAAAGUACUCAUCGACCUGCACGGCGCUCCCGGCUCUCAGAACGGCUUCGACAACUCAGGCAAAUACGGCACCAUCGGCUGGCAACAAGGCGAUACCGUACAAAAAACCCUCGACGCAAUCAACGGCCUCGCCUCCCGUUACAAAGGUGCCACCGACACCGUGACCUCGAUCCAACUCCUCAACGAGCCCCUCGGCUCCUCUCUCAGCCUCGACGGCAUCAAGACCUUCUACGACUCGGGCUACAAAACCGUUACACAAAACAGCCAAGACUUCGCCACCACCAUCCACGACGCCUUCCAGGACUUCCAACAAUACUGGAACGGCCAGUUCACCCCCUCCGCCGGCUACCAGAACGUCAUCCUCGACACCCACCAAUACCAGAUCUUCUCCCCCUCCGAAGUCUCCCGCUCGCCCUCCGAUCACGUCAAAGCGGCCUGCGAUCUCGGCCCCAAACUCGCUUCCACAGACAAAUGGACGAUAGUCGGCGAAUGGACGGGCGCGCAGACCGAUUGCGCGAAGUGGCUCAAUGGCUACGGCAAGGGCGCGCGGUACGAUGGGACGUUCCAGGGGAGCAGCAAGGUGGGGAGUUGUGAUGGGAAGUAUACAGGCACUGUGGAUGCGCUGAGUAGUGAUGAUAAAAACAAUAUUAGGAGUUUUGUGGAGGCCCAGCUGGAUGCGUAUGAGAAGCAUACGGGCUGGUUCUUUUGGACGUGGAAGACGGAGAGCGCGCCUGAGUGGGAUAUGCAGGCUUUGUUGAAGGGGGGCUGUUUCCGCAGCCGUUGA